AGUGGGGGGGAAGGCGUCGGCUCCCUCCAGGAGCUGUCAGUGCCUCUCGGGCCGCUCGCCUGGCAGGUCGCAUUCCCGCGAGGCGCCUCCCGAGGAGACAGAGCGGCCGCCCAGGCAGGAUGGAGAGCGGCGGGCAGAGGCAGAGGCCGGGGUCCACCGCGCCGCCAUUGAGCAGACCCAGAUUUUGUUGUUGGAUUAUUCAAGACCAAAGGCUAGGGAAAAGAAAACUUUCUACAUAACAGUUUAGAAAAGUGACCAGUUGCAUCAGCUUGAAGAAUUUCUCCCGAAACGGUUUGUAACAGCAAAGUAACUUCCUUUGGACCUUCAGUGAUCACUAGAACAAUAUUUCUGAAACAGCAUGACUAAUUGUAAAGGAAGAUCUGUCAGCAAGAAAAUAAAUGAGAAAGCCUAUCAUGGAGAAGGAUUUGUAAAUUGGACAAUAAAUCUAAGUGCAAUUCAGUCUGACAAGUUCUUGAACCUGCUGAUGAGCAUGGUUCCAAUUGUUUACCACAAAAACCAGGAAGAGAGACAUAAAAAAGUGAAUGGUGUCUGGCAAGAUGGAUUACAGCCAACAGGACACAGUUUCAGCGUUAGGACUGAUCAACACAUGGAUUAUCAUCACUUUUCAGAAUCAAAUUUUCAUCAUGGUAGUAAUGGACAUAAUUCAUCAAGCUGUAGUCCAAAGUAUGAUAACUUUGCAAGCUAUAAUUAUUCAGAUGGAAUUGACUUAUCAGAAACAGAUGCUAUGCUGCAGGACAACAGUGCAUCUAGUGAUGUUGAUGAAGAUACCAUUGUGGAAGGGAACAGAAAACAGCCAAAAGAAUCUAUUAGCAUUAUGGCAUUGCAGAUACUAGUUCCAUUUCUGCUCGCAGGAUUUGGAACAGUAUCAGCUGGGAUGGUUCUGGAUAUAGUUCAGCAUUGGGAAGUGUUCAAAAAUAUAACUGAAGUUUUCAUCUUGGUUCCCGCACUACUUGGUUUGAAAGGUAACCUGGAAAUGACUUUGGCUUCCCGACUGUCAACAGCUGUAAAUAUUGGGAAAAUGGAUUCACCAAUUGAGAAGUGGAAUCUAAUAAUUGGCAAUUUGGCCUUAAAACAGGUACAAGCAACAGUCGUUGGGUUUUUGGCAGCUGUGGCAGCGGUUAUAUUAGGCUGGAUUCCUGAGGGCAAAUACCACCUUGAUCACUCAGUCCUUUUGUGUUCUAGCAGUGUAGCAACAGCCUUCAUAGCAUCCCUUUUACAGGGAAUAAUAAUGGUUGGAGUUAUUGUCGGGUCUAAGAAGACAGGCAUAAAUCCUGACAAUGUUGCAACACCUAUUGCAGCAAGUUUUGGAGACCUUAUCACUCUUGCCAUACUUGCUUGGAUAAGUCAGGGUCUUUAUGAUUGCCUUGAGAAAUAUUAUUAUAUCUCUCCUUUAGUUGGUGCCUUUUUCUUGGCUCUGACUCCUAUGUGGAUUGUAAUUGCUGCUAAACAUCCAGCUACAAGAACUGUUCUCCAUUCAGGCUGGGAACCUGUUAUAACUGCUAUGGUUAUAAGCAGUAUUGGUGGCCUUAUUCUGGACACAACAGUAUCGGAUCCUAAUUUAGUUGGGAUUGUUGUUUACACUCCGGUAAUAAAUGGUAUUGGUGGCAAUCUUGUAGCAAUUCAAGCAAGCAGAAUUUCUACAUACUUACAUUUACAUAGUGUUCCUGGAGAACUGCCAGAGGAAGCCAAGGGGUGCUAUUACCCUUGCAGGACAUACUAUGGCACAGGAGUAAACAAUAAAUCAGCACAAGUUCUUCUACUUUUAGUGAUUCCUGGACAUUUAAUUUUCUUGUACACUAUUCAUUUAAUGAAAAGUGGACAUACUUCUUUGACUCCAAUCUUCAUAGUUGUAUAUUUGUUCACAGCUCUCCUGCAGGUGUUUAUCUUGUUAUGGAUUGCUGACUGGAUGGUGCACCACUUUUGGAAAAAAGGAAAAGAUCCAGAUAGCUUUUCUAUCCCUUAUCUCACUGCACUUGGAGAUCUUCUUGGAACUGCCUUACUUGCAAUGAGUUUUCACUUUCUGUGGCUCAUUGGUGACAGAGACGGGGAUGUAGGAGACUAAUGUACCAAAUGCUCACAUUAGCUGAUCCUGCUAGAUGAAGAUGAGAAACAGGAGACAACCACUUAAUAUAUUAUUUCCUCUGAAGGAUUUGACGAAUUUGUUUGUUGAAUUUGAUCAUGGUGCAAUCCUACACACAUCUACCCAAAAAUAAAUUUGACUGAUUUCAGUGGAACUUAUUCUCAAGUAAAAGUGUUUAGGAUUCUAGCCUCAUUGUGUUAUCACUGAUACUAAAUGGCCUUAACAUUUUGAAAUUAUGAAACGUAACUGGACAAAAGGUUAAAAUAUUUUUUACACUACACAGGAGUGUAGUUGUUGCUUUCUCACUCCAUCCAACUACAGAAGGGGAAAGUUUGGUCAGUAUUGUACCAAGAAACAAAGCCCAGGUAUGUAGUGGAGGUGCGGUAAAUAACAAAAUGAUAUGAUUUUACCAUGUCUUUAUCUGUCUAUCACAGAUCAGUGUAUGUUUCUGCAGGCAGUCUGGCUGUAUUUCAACUCACACAAUGUAAUGGGUUCACAAAAUCAAAUGUUUCUAUUUUAUAGUUAGGUUUUCUGAAUUUGGGUAGAUUUUGCUUAAUAGUAGCCAAAGCUUUCUGCAUGUAAUUUUUUUCUCAAAAAGAGACAUUCCAUAGGGAUAUUCUAUUCAGUACUUCCUUUUAGUUGCUGCAAAAACACCAUAAAGCAGUGGUUCUCAAUCUGUGGGUUCCCAGGUGUUUUGGCCUACAACUCCCAGAAUUACUAGGCAGUUUACCAGCUUUUAGGAUUUCUGGGAGUUGAAGGCCAAAACAUCUGGGGACCCACAGGUUGAGAACCACUGCCAUAAAAUAACUUCUGUUCUUCACAGAAAAUGGAAGGAUUUUUUAAUAAUAGAGAUAAUACAGUUUGACCAUGCAUGGACUUUAAUGAAGUUAUAUUAAUAAUUGCAUUUCAAAAGGCAUAUUAACACCGUUUUAAAAUGUUCAGUUAUGUACUUUGCAAUUUAUUGUAAAGGGAAGUGUAAGUUCUACAGGGAAUGAAGGCUACCUAGAAUACACAGGGGAUGAGUGUGGGGAACUAGAUUUUGAUAUGUAGUUAUGGGAAAGCUGCUAUGUGUAUCUUAAAGACAAAACUGAUAGAGAUGGCGAUAUGUUAUAUUUUUAAGAAAUGCCGUUGAAGACAAGGAGGAGCCAUUAUAAUCAGUAACAAUGCUGCACAGAUAUAUACAAAUAGUGGUUAUUACUACUGUGUAGGUGCCACCCUGCAGCAGUUGGGCAUUUAAGGGCUUUUCCAAAUUCAUUUUAUUGUGAAAUAACAAUGUUGUUUCUACUCCAGUGUUCUGGAAGAUUCUGGCAUCUUUUCGGAUAUAACACUGCUGUAGUAAGGAAAUCACAUUUUCUCAGUGCUUGAACCAGAAAAUGUUGUGCUAAUAAAACAUCAUUUCCCAGGGCUAGUGUGCAAAUGUUUGUAACCGAUGUGGUUUGUGGGACGGGUUUGUGCGGUAUAGAUACCCUUUAAGUUCAUGUGGGACUCUCAUUAGCAAUAAAGCUUGUAUAACUUC